AUGCCUGCGACAUCGUCUAUCUACCGCAGGAAGUCACAGUACUACACCUGCCCCGAGAGUACUCUCUAUGACAGUUCGGAGGAUAUCCGAGACGAUUGGGACGGUGGUGGUGGUGGUGGUGGUGAAGAUGGAAGCGUAGGAGAAGGUGACCGGGAGGAGGAAGAGAAGCGAGCGAGUUCUGAUAUCGCCGAAGGAGCAACAGUUGCCCGCAUGGAGUUGCCAUCCGUCACGAGUUCCCUUCAGCCAUCGCUAGCGACGGUGACUUCCGACUUCCUGCGCGACUACACCACCGUGUUGGCCGGGAAGGCGGACUAUCUGAAGGACGUACUCGAGCGGUACGACCCCACCGACACCUCGGGCAGGUCCCGGAGUGUCCGGAGUCACACGGGCCAAUCCGGGUACCUCUCGCUGGAGUUGGCCUCACUCGCGACCGGUUUGGUCGAGCAUAUCGUCGCUCGGCGGGCGGAAGUGCUACAGAGGCGCGGCGAACACCAGGCCACCGACGGGCUCUGCUGUCCCAUCUGCACCGGAGUUCUGCGCUAUCCAGUGACGGCCACCUGCGGCCACACGUUCUGCCGCCAGUGUUGCUUCGGCCACAGCAAGUGCACGGUCUGCGGGCAACGGUUUCCCUCGGUGACGGCCACGCUAAGCUCGGCGGCCCAGGAGCAGCCGGGCCCGUUCCCGAGCACUUCCUCGUCCUCGUCGGCCACGGUUACGUCCGUGGCAUCCUUGGCUGCGAGCGGUUCCGAGCUCGUCCAGCGAUCAUCGUCCGGUGGUCCGGGGUUCGAGCAGGACAUCCUCAUCCGGCGGCUCGUCGAACGCUGGUGGGGCCCGGAGUUGAAAGCCGCCGACCUGCAGGAGGAAGCCCAGCGUCACCUGGAGGCCAACUCGUACGACGAAGCUCUUCGGUGCUGCAAUCAAAGUCUAGAGCACGCUCCCAACAGUGCCAAGGGCUUGCAGCUGCGCUCGGAGGUGCUGUACCGAUUGAAACAUUACCAGAGCGCCCUGGCCGACGCUGACAGCGCGCUCAAAUGCCAUCCAACAUCGCAUAAGGCCUUCCAUUGCCGAGCUUUAUCACUAUCGGCGUUGGGAAAGCAUGAAGAAGCAAUCGUGUCGCGAUGCAUUUCCAUAUUCCUCGAUCGGCAGUCGAUGGAGGUUGCGAAUGCAAUAAAAGCCGAACUGAUUCAAGACCUUCACCAGCUCCUUGUAGAAUCGAGAGAAAGUCUACCGACCGACUGUUCGCCAUUCUACGGCACCCUUCGUCACCACCACGACCAUCCGGAUGAAGAACCGGACGAUCCGCUCGAUUCGAUUUUCGACAACUCGUACGAUCUGAUCGCGGGCUGCCGUAAACGGCGCCAUCGGCACGAUCUCCUGUCGGCUCCGAGGCGCAAGGCCAAGAAGCAAUUCCUCAGCCUGCGCCAGGGUGACUUUGACGAGGACCAAUCGGCGGAGGACUUCCUCAGCGGCAGCGGGCUGCUGUUCGACUACCUGGACGAUCCGUUCAGCGAGGAAUCGGUGGUGGAGCCAACGCGAAUGCGCCACCGGGAGCACCGAAGCCACCACCGGAGGCGCUGGAAGUCCGGCGGAUCGUUGCUACUGGACGCACCGCCCUCCGAUCUCACCGAGGCAAACGUGCAGCUGCACCAGCGCCAGCAGCAGGAACGGUUCGAGCUGGAACGGCACCUGCAGGACCAUCGGUAUCAUCAGUCGCGGGACUCGAUGCAGCUGCGAGACGUCGACGCAAUCAUUCCAAAGGCGAGCCUCAGGCUGAAGUCCCUGCUGGAGCGCAUCGAUGGGGAGCUGAAGUCGGUUCGGUGGCUGGACACGACUCCGGUGCGGUUAUCGGUCAAUCCGGCCCUGAUCGAACCGUCCGACUUUGACUGCGUGCUGUGCUGCCGAACCUUGUGGCGGCCGGUCGUGACGCCCUGCGGUCACACUUACUGCUGGGUCUGUCUCGAUCGCUGCAUGGAUUAUUCUUCCUCCUGCCCGCUGUGCAUGGCCCCGCUGGUGGAGCAGUUCCGGCAGCAUCUAAACGCCGGCCCUAGUCUCGGCUCCAACGCCACCCCCGGGACGACCGCGUCCCCCAUCAACCUGAUCUCAUUGGCGAAGCGCAAGAUGACGCGCUUCGUCGAUCUCGCCAUGCAGCGUUUCGUCCCGGAAGCGUACGAGCGGCGACAGCAGCAGGAGCAGGAUCGCGAGCCAACGGUCCCCGUCUUCAUCUGCACGACCGCAUUUCCCUCCGUGCCGUGUCCGCUGUUCGUGUACGAGCAGCGCUACCGGUUGAUGGUGCGCCGGGCGAUCGAGAGUGGCGAGCGGCAGUUUGGGAUCGCCCUCUCUACGCCGAACAGCCGACAGCGGUACGUCGAGUACGGCACGAUGCUGGACAUCCGAGACUGCGUACAGCUUGGCGAUGGCUGCUCGAUCCUAUCGACCGUCGGCGGGCGGCGGUUUCGUGUCCUGACGCGCCACGAGAAGGAUGGCUACGACACGGCGAACGUGGAGUUCUUCGAGGACGAGAAGAUUGGAGCGAGCUCAACCGGGGUGGAUGGUACGGGAGCUGGUGAUGCGGAGGCAGCGGAAGAGCGAUUGCAACUCGUUCGCGAGCUGCACGAAAAGGUGCUGCUAAAAGCGAUCGAGUGGCAUCAGAGCCUUCCCGAAAGCAUCCGGUGCGAGAUCUUCAAGAGCUUCGGCAAAAUGCCGGACCUUGAGGACAACUGGGAAGAGGUCGCGGACGGCCCGGCCUGGGCCUGGUGGAUCAUUGCGAUCCUUCCACUGAACGAUAAGCUCAAAGUUGAUAUUCUCUCCACGACCAGCCUCGAGAAGCGGCUCCGGGCAAUCGACAAGACCCUCAACCUUGAGUCGGCACAACAGAAGCGCCAGCGGUCGGUGUGUGUGAUGGCCGCCGCCUCGUCCGCGUGCUGUGAAGGACUAUCAUCGUCGCAACAGUGCCAAGCGAUCGACUGUUGCCUACGUGAAAGAACUACCUCAAGCGUUCAUAAUCACCACCAUCAUCACCAUAAUCACCACCACCAUCAUCAUCAUCAUCACCACGAUAGUGAUAGGCAGGGUGACUCGAACCAGCACCACCAUCUGCAUCACCAUCAUCACCAUCUAAGUUCAUCGGCGGACGAGUUUCUGCUGUAGAGUCUAACGCGAACGCCAGGAUAGCCCGAACCCCUUCCCAAUCAGGCGAAGGACGAGCUUCCUUGAGGUGGAAUGGAAAGAAAAAAAAAACAAAACAAACAAAUGAAAACAAAUAACUCUGGAAAUAAAUUCCUACUCAAUCGAAAACGGAACCGAUGGAUCAAGAGUAAAUGCAAGAAUCAAGCA